GUGAUCUGUUCCUGUAAAGUGCCUGUCUCCUAUUUCCAAACCUCGCUUUCUCUUACUCCCUUGCCCUACACGGGGAACUCAAGCUCUCAACGCUGGCAUCCCACCUCUUUAGCCGGCUUUGCGUUCCUACUGCCUACUGCCGGAGAUGAAACCCACGAAGUUCCAAGGAAGGCAAUGGCAGCUCUGGCCGAUGGCGUCACCACCGCGGCCAGGGUGGCACUGUUUGUAGCUUCGCGCCGGCCUCGGGCAGCAGUAUUUACGGUAAGGGGGCGUGGCUAGGAGGCAGAACUUACGAUAACGGGCGUGGUGGGGUGGGGGACUCGCCGGCGGUGGUAUUUACGUUAGGAGCGCCGGGCCGGAAACAGUAAAUACGGUAACGGGGUAAGGGUAGGUGGCGGUACUUACGGUAACCGGGGCCGGGCUCCCGGCAGCCGUUCAGGCCAGAGGUCCUCUUUGUCAGGUGAUCUCCGGCCAAAGAGGUAGCCAGCCCCUGAACUAGCGGCAAAGGCGGAAUGGCCCUGGGGGGCGGUGAGGGGCCGGGGCCCCGACUCACCUGUGCGCCCCAGCUUGCGGGCCACAGCGCCGUGCCGGGUCCGCGCGCAGUGCCCUCCCGCCCCUCUGCGGGGGCUCGGGCGUAAGCCUCGAGGCCCACGCCCCGCGCCCAGAUGGGGCUGUGCCACAGCCUCCGGCCGCUGCUCUUCGGGGACCCGGAGCCGCCCGUGGAGGGCGCACGGUCCGACCUGAACCCGAUGCCAGACUUGGACCUGGCCCCGGUCCUGACUCCGGCGCAGGAGAGGCGGCGGCGCACGGACCGGCAGCGCGCGGAGGAGCGCGAGGCCAGGCGGGUCAGCAGGAGCAUCGACCGCAGACUCCGCGAGCAGAGGCGCGACCUGCGGCGGACGCACCGGCUGCUGCUGCUCGGGGCUGGUGAGUCUGGGAAAAGCACUAUCGUCAAGCAAAUGAGGAUCCUACACGUCAACGGAUUUAAUCCAGAAGAGAAGAAACAGAAAAUUCUGGACAUCCGGAAAAACGUUAAGGAUGCUAUUGUGACAAUUGUGUCGGCGAUGAGUACCAUAAUUCCCCCCGUUCCACUGGCCAACCCGGAAAACCAGUUUCGAUCAGACUAUAUCAAGAGCAUUGCCCCCAUCACAGACUUUGAAUAUUCCCAGGAAUUCUUCGAUCAUGUGAAGAAGCUCUGGGAUGAUGAAGGCGUGAAGGCCUGCUUCGAGCGGUCCAACGAGUACCAGCUCAUCGACUGCGCCCAAUACUUCCUGGAGAGAAUCGACAGCGUCAGCCUGGUGGACUACACGCCCACAGACCAGGACCUCCUCAGGUGCAGAGUUCUGACCUCAGGGAUUUUCGAGACCAGAUUCCAAGUGGACAAAGUCAACUUCCACAUGUUUGAUGUCGGAGGCCAGAGGGAUGAGAGAAGAAAAUGGAUCCAAUGCUUCAAUGACGUCACUGCUAUCAUCUAUGUGGCUGCUUGCAGCAGCUACAACAUGGUCAUCCGGGAAGACAACAACACCAACCGCCUGCGGGAGUCACUGGACCUUUUCGAGAGCAUCUGGAACAACAGGUGGUUGCGCACCAUUUCCAUCAUCUUGUUCCUGAACAAACAAGAUAUGCUGGCAGAAAAAGUGUUAGCGGGGAAAUCAAAAAUUGAAGACUAUUUCCCAGAGUACGCAAAUUAUACUGUUCCUGAAGACGCGACGCCAGACGCGGGAGAAGACCCCAAAGUCACGAGGGCGAAAUUCUUCAUCCGGGACCUGUUCCUGCGCAUCAGCACGGCCACCGGCGACGGCAAACACUACUGCUACCCUCACUUCACGUGCGCCGUGGACACGGAGAACAUCCGCCGCGUCUUCAACGACUGCAGGGACAUCAUCCAGCGAAUGCACCUCAAGCAGUACGAGCUCCUGUGAGCCCCCGCCCCCCGCUGCCCCGCCCCCUCCCCGCCCCGCCCAUCCCAGGCCCGCCAGGCACCACUCAAGGAGUCCUGUUCAUCCGCCCUGGGGCUGUCUGCGGGGCUCUCGUGACCACCGGGCCCCCAGCCACCUCUGUCCCCUCACUUCUCCCCCAACCCUGGUCUAUGUAGGGGUGGGGGCCCCCUGACUCGUGGAGAAGUUGGAAGAUGGGGAGACAAACUAGCUCAGGCCUGACCGGGGGCUGCCUUUCUGACCGGGGGCUGCCUUUCUGACCGGAUGAGCCCCCUACUCAGGGGAGACCCUGAGCUGCAGUGGGGUUCAGUUCCAUCUCCAGGGGAGGCCAGCUUCAGCCUUGUUGCUGGAACCCCUUGACCUUCCACGUGUCAGCAGAAAGCCCCCACUCACUGGGGCCACAUUCCUCCAGUUCACAUGAGUCCCAUCCACUGUGGUCCUCCAGACUCCACUGCUGUGGCAGCGCCUCCUUUAAUAGGUUCUUCCUGUUGCUGUUUUAUUGCUGGUUUAUUACACUGUACAGACCACAAGAUGUAAUAUUAUUUUGAUAACUAACUACUCAAGGAAAAUCCCUAUAGAUCUUCGUGCCUUGACCGUGGCUGUCCCUGUAAAGAAACGCGUUUCUGUUGUGCUGAACAGUCAUCCUCAUCACUGCACUGCUUUGAGGAAGAGAACAAAUGGUGUAUGUAGAGCUUAGGGGUUUAUCAGGCUGGUAGUCUUUAUAAUACUCAUUGAUCAAUAGAUAUGUGUAUAUACGUUUAUAUAAAUAUUUGUAAGUAACACAGUAAUCCUCCACCUCUCACAGAAUGCCAUGCCCACAAGCCUCUUUCAGGGAACCAGGGACAUUUUUCUAUUCAAAAAACAUGUUUCUCCAUUAUCUGGCUAUUUAAUGACUUUUUCAAGGCCACCUGUUCCCUUAGUCAAAGUUUCUGAAUGACUUCCUUGAGUACAGGUCCCAUGAUAAAUAGCAAGGAAAAGACAAGGGUUUCAGGCCGUGUCUGGCCUGGGGGCAGUCAAAGGACAGACUCUGAUUUGCCUUUUGAAGAAGAAACACGACAAAACCUUUAUUUGAAACAUGAAUACAGCUGUUCCUCAACCCUGAAAGAUCUGCAAAUACAGCCUUGUGAGCGCCAUCCAGCACAAGACCUCAAAAGCCGGCCUCGUCUGUCCACCGCCCCGAGGCUGGUGUUCUCAGGUCAAGGAUAACCUGUUAAAACUGUCUGAGGUCAUAUCUUAACAACAUGGAUGCCGACAUUAACUUCCAUUUCGUCUUUAUGGUCUUUAAUGUUUUAAAGUUUACUCUCUAAAGCAGCAUCUUACAAUCUUUUGUAAACUCAUCCACAUUUACACACUAGUUUUCCAUGAAAUAAAGGAUGACAGCUUUACAUACAGUGCACCAUCACAUAUUUUGAAUCAUUAUCACUGAAUUUGGGCUCCUGCCAUCCCUGAUUGUUCCAUUAAACUCUCAGAUGAACUGAGACUUACAAAGGGGAAACAAUCUUCAGUUUCCAUUGCAUUUUCACAGUACAACAUGAAGAGAAUCUGAAGAGCUACAGCCCCAAUAUAUACCCAAAAGAAUGAAACUGUAUUUUUAUAUGAAUUAUAAUUCAACAGUUCCCCUGUAACUAAACUUCCUAUUUAGAUAAGUCUGAUUGAAGAGCUUGAUUGUCUAAAACACACACACAGAUUUUAUAAGGCUUAAAAUUACCACAGCCAUUUUUUCGACUUUCUACUGACAGGCAUUCAAUUCAGAUUUAACAAUUGGAGAGGAAAUUACACUCAUCUAAAAAUAUGAUUCCAUUAAUUUAGCACAGAAAUAAAGAAGUCUGUGAGAACAAUA